AUGGCCUCUCGCUACCCCAUGCCACAGACGUACAGUCGGCCCGCCAGAGAGAAGACCGGCUCCCCUGCGUCAACCUCGAGCUCGAUCAAAUCCCUCUUUAAGAUGCCUCAGUCCUACCCUGUCGUCUCGGCGUCAGCGUCAAGGUACCCCCUACCAACGGUGUACACCAACCAGAAGACCUCAAAAAGCACACCGGCGGCAAAGGCACAUCAUCCCGCGCAGAGAACGAGUAGCCCGAGGGCCUCGGUCGAGUCGUGGGAUACUAUCGACCGGAUCAAGGAAGAGCAGACCCACGUCUGA